GGGAGGGAGACGCGCCGCCAUGGCCGCCGCCGCGCGCGCCCGGGUCGCGCACUUGCUGAGGCAACUGCAGCGCGCAGCAUGCCAGUGCCCAACUCAUUCUCAUACUUACUCCCAAGCUCCUGGACUUCCAGCUUCUGGAAAAACAACAGAUUAUGCCUUUGAGAUGGCUGUUUCAAAUAUUAGAUAUGGAGCAGGAGUUACAAAGGAAGUAGGCAUGGACCUGCAAAACAUGGGUGCUAAAAAUGUUUGUUUGAUGACAGACAAGAAUCUCUCCCAACUCCCUCCUGUACAAGUGGUUAUGGAUUCCCUAGUGAAGAAUGGCAUCAACUUUAAGGUUUAUGAUAAUGUGAGGGUGGAACCAACGGAUAGAAGCUUCAUGGAAGCUAUUGAGUUUGCCAAAAAGGGGGCUUUUGAUGCCUACGUUGCUGUGGGUGGCGGCUCCACCAUGGACACCUGUAAAGCUGCUAAUCUGUAUGCGUCCAGCCCUCACUCUGAUUUCCUGGAUUAUGUCAAUGCCCCCAUUGGGAAGGGAAAGCCCGUGUCUGUGCCUCUUAAGCCUCUGAUUGCAGUCCCAACUACCUCAGGAACUGGGAGUGAAACUACUGGAGUUGCCAUUUUUGACUAUGAACACUUGAAAGUAAAAACUGGCAUUGCUUCCCGAGCCAUCAAACCCACGCUGGGACUGAUUGAUCCUCUGCACACCCUGCACAUGCCUGACCGGGUGGUCGCCAACAGUGGCUUCGAUGUGCUUUGCCACGCCCUAGAGUCCUACACUGCCCUUCCCUACCACAUGAGGAGCCCCUGCCCUUCAAACCCCAUCACACGGCCCGCAUACCAGGGCAGCAACCCAAUCAGCGACAUUUGGGCAAUCCACGCGCUGCGGAUCGUUGCUAAGUAUCUGAAGAGGGCUGUCAGGAAUCCUGAUGAUCUGGAAGCGAGGUCUAACAUGCACUUGGCAAGUGCUUUCGCUGGCAUUGGCUUUGGAAAUGCCGGGGUUCAUCUGUGCCAUGGAAUGUCUUACCCAAUUUCAGGCUUAGUGAAGACAUAUAAAGCAAAGGAUUAUAAUGUGGAUCACCCACUGGUGCCUCACGGCCUUUCUGUGGUGCUCACCUCCCCAGCGGUGUUCUCUUUCACGGCACAGAUGUCUCCUGAGAGGCACCUGGAAACAGCAGAAAUAUUGGGAGCUGACACCCACACUGCCAGGAUCCCAGAUGCUGGGCCUAUUUUGGCAGACACACUCCGGAAAUUCUUAUUCGAUCUGGAUGUUGAUGAUGGCCUAGCUUCCAUUGGUUACUCCAAGGCUGAUAUCCCCGCAUUAGUGAAAGGAACACUGCCCCAGGAAAGGGUCACCAAGCUUGCACCACGCCCUCAGUCAGAAGAGGAUCUGUCUGCCCUGUUUGAAGCUUCAAUGAAACUGUAUUAGGUUUUGUUUUCACUGAACUGGGAAUUCAGAAUUACCAUUGGCCAUCACAGUUAUGAAGACAGAAGCUGAUCCAGCCAGAGCUUUGACUUUUCGUCUCCACAGAUAACUUACCUGUUUCCAGUUGUAAUAUGAUAUAAAUUCAUCCUGCAGAAGAUUCCCUGAUGCUCAAAGUCAAGCUGCUUCCAUAAAACAGGCUGGACAAGUGCCCACCAUAUCAGACCUUGGGCCCGACUUCAGGCGUCCAUGUUCCUGCCCCAAACCCCACAGAUUGCCACUGCUCCAUUUAUCAAAUGGGCAAAAACUCAGUAUCUGUCAAAUGUAAACGCACAUAUCCUGUGCCCAGUAAUCACAUGUCUAGAAAUUUGUCCUAUAGAACUAACACAAGUGUGUAAAGAAACAUGGCCAGGAUGUUUCAGGAAGCACUUUUUCUAAUAAUAAAAGAUUUAGGGGCCGGCCCGGUGGCGCAGUGGUUAAGUGCGCACAUUCUGCUUCUCGGCGGCCUGGGGUUCGCCGGUUCGGAUCCCAGGUGCAGACAUGGCACUGCUUGGCAAAAGCUAUGCUGUGGUAGGCAUCCCAUGUAUAAAGUAGAGGAAAAUGGGCAUGGAUGUUAGCUCAGGGCCAGUCUUCCUCAGCAAAAAGAGGAGGAUUGGCAGUAGUUAGCUCAGGGCUAAUCUUCCUCAAAAAAAAAAAAAAAAAGAUUUACAAGAACCUAAAUAUUCGUUAAUAGUAUAUAGAUAACUAAAUCAUAUUAUAUUAAACAAUGGACUGCUAUAGUGCUAUUAAUAAGAAUGAGGUAAAUCUAUUGGGAAUAUGUCCAUGAUAUACUGCUAAGUUGGAAAAAAGUAAGUUGCAGAACAAUUAGUAUGGUCUGAUUUUUACUUUUUUAAAUUAUACAUAAAUCUAUGUCUAUAUAUAUAGAAAAGAAGGAUACACAUCAAAAUAUUAAAAAUUUACACAUCAAAAUAUUGAAAGUUGUCACUGGAGAAAUGGAAUUUUGGGUAUAGAGAAUUAAGAGAAAAUGUUCACUUUGUAUUUUGUCAUUUUAUAAACAUCUGUAUUGUUUGGAUUUGUUACAACAAGCAUAUAUUUUCUAAUUUUAAAAGGGGGGAGAGAAAAUAAAGAAAAAUAUCAUUUUACUGUCUUA